ACAAGUCUAGUGGCAACGCUUACAGCAGUAAAAUAAUGGCAGCGGUGAAUUUACGUAAAGGCUUUAUUUGUGUGCCUAAAAAUUUCGUGGCUCACCUUCAGAGAUGCUAUGCCUCCUCGAAGCAGACAAAUAUCAACACACUGGCAGCCGUUGGAGAUUCGAUCGCUGCCAAAGGGUUCCUGCGUCCAAAUAAGCCAUACGCGCCCACUAGCAAUGCAGCUGAACGCGUUCGUUCCGUGGCUGCCAAGCUGCACAUGACGAGCGACGGAGAUCAGCGAAAAUUAACCGACUUGGGAGAAAAGUUCAAAUUUCUGAGCGCAUGCUUUGAGGAACUGCAGCAUGGUGUUCCAAAUUCGCAGGUGCAUGAGUUGGCCACCGUUGCCGAUGUCAUUGCGUUCUAUGAGCAGGCGGUGGACACCACUGUGCCUCUGGAUGCACUGAAGCGCAUCGAUCUGCCCGAGAAUCUGCACAUACAAUAUGAAUAUUUGCGAUUCCAUCCGGAAACUGAUACCAAAUUCAAUGGCCAAACCGCUUUUCCCAAGAGUUCAACGCUUGUCACCGGUCUCAAGUAUCGUCGCAAAUAUGGGGGACAUGAGGUCAAGCAAUCCUGGCCCUAGUUAUAUUUUAUUUCUGAUUAAUAAAGUUAAAGCUAAAGUUA